AUGGUUGUUACUUUUUUGCCAUACCCAAACAUCAAAAAAAGUGUAAAAGCUUUGGAUGAUCAAAGGCUUGGGAAACAAAGGGUUGAGGCAUUCAAUAUUUUGAAUGCAAUAAAUGGGACUAAAAAAGGAUGAAGAAAGCACCCAGCUACACUAAUGUGAAAAGGUUUUGAAUUAUGUCUUAAGCUUUAUUAUAAUGAAUGCAUAUCAGAGUGGGUUGGGAGAGGCAAAAACAAUAACAUGACUUAUUAUGAAAUAAAUGAAAAUGAAGUUAUUUAUCCUUGAUGGUGGGGGUGGGAAAUAUUUCAUCAAAGUCACAAGUGCUCACUGAUAAGAAAAGCGCCAUGAUUUUAUGAAGAAAAGUUCCGUGAUGAAAUUCAGCCAUUUAUGCUGGAAUAUGGGUAUAUUUGGCCAAGCAAGUUUACAGAAGAAGAUAUGAAAUUAACAUUUGAUAGAGAACUAGCAGAAAGAUACUGUGAUCCUAUUAAUCAGGGACAACUAAGGCCUUUUUGUGCUCAAGAGGGAUGCAAAAAUAGAGCCAAAAAGCUCAAAACAGAUGAUGGUGAAGUUGUGGAAAAUUACUGUGGAGUUCAUUUUAGGACUUAUGUAAAGAAUGUUCUCAAUGAAAAUAAAAAUAAGCAUUGAAAAUAAUACCAAAUUAUUAAUAUAGGAAUUGCCCGAGGAUGGCGCAAGAUAGCGCCAUCCUCGGGCAAUUCCUAUAAAUUUCAAGUUGAAAAGUUAUUUGAUAAAUAGAUAUUUUUUUGUUUUUAACCUAAAAAUAAGGCCAAGGACAGAAGUAAAGUGGAAAAAAAAUUGGAAAGCAACAAAAAGGUCGGAAAUGAAAAGGGAGGUAAAAAGACCCAAAAUGGCUUAAAUAAAUCGCAAAUAGAGUUUACACCUAUAUGAAAAAAUACUCGCAAGCAAACUCGUCGAAAUAAAUCAUUAGAAGGUAGGUCAACAAAUAGUAAAAGAGAUUUAUAG